ACACCGACAGUAAUUUUUGUGCGCCCUUAAGCAGCUGCCUGGUGUCCUUUCAGCUCCAGUAAAGCAAAAACUGCUGCGUACUUUAUACGAUCUGGUGCUAAAGUGGUCAUUAAAAUGUGAAUGUGUGUGUUUCGUGUGUUAUUUUACAUGAUGCGUAGUAGAUUGGGAAAACAGCAUACACCGACAGUAAUUCCUAGGCACCCUUAAGCAACGUGACCACGUGACCAAAUGCGGGGCGGUCGAACUACAAGCCAUUUUGGGGACGGUGUCAGUUUCCACGGAGCACACACACACUGCUGCAUUUUACUGGGGGUGAAGCGGAUAUUUUGGAGGCAAAGUUAUCGGUGCCGAAGUGCGAUCCUUACCGAGCCGAACCCGGAGGACUGGGCUCUGUUAAAGCCGCGGAUCGGACCCGCUCACAGCGCGCAGGCGGCGAGGAAACGAGGAGUUUUAUUUGCACAUCUGAAAUGCGCUCCGGUCCGCCGUGCGCUCUCCGCCACUGACAGCGUCUGCAGCCUGCUUCAAGAUGGCGGCUCGGCUCCUAUUCAUUUUCUGCUGAUCGCCUCCCAACUUUCAUUGUCUAUUCGCCACAAGACCUACCGAUUCCCAGCCGAGCCUCCCGGGUUGUUGUUCCUUUCUCUCAACAUGCAUCGGACGACCAGGAUAAAGAUUACGGAGCUCAACCCUCACCUCAUGUGCGUCCUGUGCGGAGGAUAUUUCAUCGACGCCACGACCAUCAUCGAAUGUCUUCACUCAUUUUGCAAGAUGUGCAUUGUGCGCUACCUUGAAACCAGCAAAUACUGUCCCAUCUGUGAUGUACAAGUGCAUAAAACCAAGCCUCUGCUCAACAUCAGGUCUGACAAAACUCUACAGGACAUUGUGUACAAGCUGGUCCCCGGCCUCUUCAAAAAUGAAAUGAAGAGGAGGAGAGACUUUUAUGCGGAUCACCCCGUAGAUGCGUCUAAUGGCUCAAACGAGGAUCGUGGCGAGGUGGCAGACGAGGACAAGAGAAUUAUCACAGAUGAUGAGAUCAUCAGUCUCUCUAUUGAGUUCUUUGACCACAGCAGACUGGGAGCAGUGGAGGAAAAGCAGUCUAAAGAUCAGAAUAUGGUGGCUAACAAGAGGUACCUGCAGUGUCCAGCAGCCAUGACAGUCAUGCAUCUGAGGAAGUUUCUGCGCAGUAAAAUGGACAUCCCUAAUGCCUACCAGGUUGAAGUCAUGUAUGAAGAUGAACCUCUGAAAGAUUACUACACGUUAAUGGAUAUAGCAUAUAUCUACACUUGGAGAAGGAAUGGGCCGCUGCCGCUGAAGUACAGAGUCCGACCGAACUGUAAGAAGAUGAAGGUGAGCCACGCGCAGCAGGAAGGCCAGAACAGCGCGAGCAGAUCCGGUCCAGAGAGCGACUCCGCCAGCGACAAAGCCGGUAGUCCCGCCGGGGCUCCGUCCACGUCCUCGUCUCUGCCGAGCCCCGGCACGCCUGCGCAGUCCCCGCACCCGCAGCUCCCACACGGCCCCAACAACGUCAACGGGACACCGGCUGCAGCCCCUCCGGCCCCCAGCCGGUCCUUCACUCAGUUCGGCAGCGGCAGCGGCGGCACUAAGCCCCGGAAGGUUUCUCUGAACGGCUCGGCGACCUCCUCCGGAUGACGCGGGGCUCGAACCGGACCAGCCAACGCCAGACUCCCGCUCAGCUAAUACUGUUUUCAUGCCAACGUAGUUCCAUUGUGUAGACAAUGUUAUCUCUCUUUCUCUCUCCAUUUGUUGUUCUAAAUAUUAUGUAAGUUAGUGGAAUCAGAGACAUUUCAAAAUAAAAGGAAUGAGGAAGUUGGGUGGCGUGGGAAUCUUUUUAAUAUGAAAGCAGAUUUUUGAUGUUGACAAAAAAAAAGAAAAGUUGGAAAGGAGAAGGACAAGCAUUUAUCCCCUUUUAAAGCUACAUCUUUAUUUUACAGAAGUGACUGAAGAUAGACUUUUAUAUUUUCUUUUUCAGAUUAAACGUGUUUAUCAUGAUUAUUUCAUGUGUGUUGGGAUAUUUUGAAACUGUCAUUUUAAACAUGCAUGAUAAAACUUUUUUUCUUUUAUGAAAGAGGUGUUUGCCCCACGCGUCUCGUUUUUUGACGUGUUUUUUUUUUUUUUUUGGAAGUGUUUCAGGCAUCGAAAAGGACAGGAGUUUGUACGGCGCUGUUGGCUUCACUGAAAAGAUGCCUCUGGAGGAAAAAUAACUUUAAAUUGCCUUUUACUGGAGAAAACAAAACAGUUUGUUUGUAGCUGCAGUGGAACCGGAUUGCUUAUCCUCCACGUCUUUAACACGUUAUAAGCAGUUUUAGAGAAUCCACGUGUAAAUAGAAACAAAAUGCAUAUUUAAUCAGCGAUGAUGUUAUUCUCUUAUUCCCCUUUGUUCUGAGGGGGUGACUUGGGCUCCUGUUCAGCUCCAUUUCAUGCUCAAUGACAGAUGUUUUGAUGUCUCCCGUGUUUUCCGUAUUUGUAUCGCUCGAUUGUAUGAACAACUUAUCGUAUUGUUACUGUUGCACAGUAUAAAACAUCUAAAUAAAACAUUUUA